AUGGAGCGCAUAGAGUUCGAUUCUUCGCAAAUCGCCUACCUGAGAAAGGCCAUUAUAACGGACUCUUUCCUGACCCAGUAAGCUAAAAUAAUGGUUUAUCGGAGAAAAAACAGCGUUUUUUCAGAACCACAUACCUGGAUUCAUUCUCAGCGCUGGUCGAGUUGGUCGACAACUCGUACGAUGCGAUGGCGAAGGAGGUGCACAUCAACAUCAGUCAGUACAUUUCCGCAAAGUAUUCGUGAUAACUGCGCCAAUUCCAGAUGCAGACGAAGAUUUCCUCGAAGUGGUCGACGACGGAAUCGGAAUGACUCGCGAGGAAGCUCUCAAAAUUGCGGCGUACGGUCACUCCAAAAAGUCCGAGAAAGAAGUGGGCCGUUUCGGACUUGGCCUGAAAUACGGCAGCUUCCACCUCGGAAAUGAGCUUCUUGUGCUCACCAAACGGAACCAAAAGUGCACUGCUCUUCUCAUAUCCAAAUCGAUGCUUGAGUGCCACAAACGUGUGACGGAUAACGCUAUUUUGCUGGCAUGCUGCAGUUUUGAACUGAAUGGAAAGCCAAUUGUCGAACCGGGAGAGGAGAGAAAUCACAAAGCCGCGAUGAGCAUGCUGUGGACGUACGGCAAGUUCGAUACGCCGACACUGAAAAAAGCGUUCGAUUCAAUAAAGGAGCACGGCACAAUUGUGCGCAUCAUGGAACUGAAGUUAGUGAAAAGGAUACUAUUUCUCAAAUAUGGGGCCCGAGUCAUAAUAAAAUAUUGUAAUGUCCUCUGAAUACUUCUUAAUAACAUGUAAGCUUUCAGAAAAAAACAGCAUGUUGACGUUCUUCCAUUCGACGUCCUAUCGAAAGCCAAAGAUCACGACAUCACUAUGGACGAAAUCGCAGAGGCUUAUAAGAGAUCUCUUCGAUAUUAUUUGAGCAUAUUGUAUUUGGAACCACGCAUGAAGGUGAAUUCAAUCCAUGCAAUACGCAUCUAUUCUGGAUAUUUUUUCAGAUAUAUCUUCAAGGCACAUUAGUUCAACCAAAGCACGUGAGUGAGUCGUGGAUGUUCAAGCAAACCCAAAUGAUUGGGGGGAAGGAGAUCAUGAGACAGAACGAGGAGGUGCUAGAGCGGGCAGAAAAAAUACGAGCAGCUAGUAAACGACAGAAGCUUAAUGUGUUAACAGAUGUUCGUUUACAGAAAUAAGAAAUCAAGAAGAGAGUGUGAACGUUCGAGACGUUCCUCUGAACAGAGCCUCUUUGCAGGCGAACCGUCUCGAAAUUGACAGAAUUCAAGAAAUGAAGAAUCAGGAAAUUGAGUCGACAGCUGCGGCUCGCAGAAAAUUUAAGGAUACAAGUAUGAUCAUGAUGUUGGGGUUAGAGAUCCGUAAUCGGUAUGCGAUUGACGGAAUUUCAAGGGGACAACGUGCGUAUUGCAGAGAACACGAUGGAUUGUUUUUCUAUAUCAACAAUCGUCUAAUUGAGGGUUCAUCGGCGCCCGACCAGAAACCGACCGGAACGGGAAGGAAGUUCAGGUUGUUGUAUUCGAUUCUCAUACUGAGAGUAUAUAAAUACUUUGUUAUAGGAAAAAAAGUGGCAUUUCUGGAUACAUCAGUCUUGACUAUUCCUUAUACAAGCCGGCGACUGACAAGCAGAAAUUUGACUCGGCGUAAGUAAGUUUUCACAAAUUCUCGCACUGUUUAUUUUUCAGAAACAUUACGCCAUUGAAAAAAAAAAUGUGGGAACAUAUGGCGACCUACUGUGCCCUCCUUGAAAAUAAUCUCAUUCCGGACCAUUUGGAAAAGUUCUUCGAAGUCGAAAACGCGCACGAACUAUCUAACGACGAAGUGUGGGAAAAGUUCAACUCAGUCUAUGGAUACAGUGGCACACUGAGGAAUAUGGUUCCGCGCUUUCCGCAAAAUGAUCCUCUGAAAGAGGCGCGGGAGAAGGCGCUGUCACGAGAGACCAGACGCUGGUAUUUGUGCAGUAAGUGCAGAGAUUAUGUUUUCGAGCAGUUCACUCGGUUAUUUAGAAUUCUGCCGUUAUUGGAACUAUUGGAAGGCAAAAGUACUCCCCGUCGAUGAGGAUUGUAGGUCCUGCGGCAACUCCUGCAAUAGAUCGAGAACUGAAAACCACGAGAAACUGACUGCACCGAAAAAGAAACCGAUUCCGCAGCAGCCAAGUUCUUCCAGUGUAACUUCGGAAGCGAAGCCUCCGACUUUUUCGAUCCAAAACACACGUUCAUCACUCGCGAGACUUGCACCGCAGCCGACGGAUAUGAAAGUUGAUCUCGAUGCGCCGAGCGGACGCAUGACUGCGACGAGCUCAGCUCUUCCCAGACCGUCGCCAGCUCCGGUCCGGACAGUUCGGUUCGCUCUUCCGAGCCCCUCAACUUCAACUUCAUCUGCUUCGUCAUCAAAAAGGAAAGAGGCUUUCAUCGCUUCGGAUGAUAGCGAAGAUGACUAUGAAGUCGAGACGAAGCGCAAAUGCAAACAGCGCGGGCGCGAGAAACCGGCGGAGAAGUUAUCCCGACGAAGCGCCAAAACUGAAGAAGUAGAGAUAAUUGAGGAUGAUGAUGAAACCGCGACGUAUUCUGACUCUGACGUGGAGCAGAAAUCGCGCACUUCUCGAUCUUCAUCGAAACCGCAUCGAAACGAAGUUGGAUCGAACGGCCAGAGCUCAAGUUCCACGAGAUCAUUGCCAGAGAAGGUGAGACUCUCAAAGUACACGAUGGAUGAUGCUUACCUCCGUUUCAGGGCGAUUACAAGCGUCUCGCAGAAAUGUUCUGUGCUGAGCUGAACAAAGUGAAUGAGAUUCUCGGAAGCGAUGCGGUGCAGGACAGCACGAGACCGCUCCAAAUCAACGUCGCAGCUGCUUUGAAGAAGAAAAUGGACGAAAUGAGAAGAGACGAAGGUGUCCGAGAUGGAGAACAGAAACGACUGAAGGCGUUCGAACAAGUAUCGGUUAGAGUCAUUAGUUGCCUCUCAAACCACAGGAAUUAUCAAGUGAAGAUUGUUAGUUUUCCGUUUAUUGCCAUCAGUUUUCAAAUGCGUUUUAUUCAGGACAACGAGAACAGCAGAAGCAAUGCUCUCACUAACAUGCGAACGUUGGCAGAUCUACUUAAUCGGAACUGA